GAUGGGUGUUUAUCGCCCGUCCUCCGGUGUCCGGUAGUAGUAUUGUUGUAAAAUCCAAGUGCGAUGAUGGAGUGUGGUCUAGUGUGAGUGCAGUGGGCGGCGGCGGCGGCGAGGAGUCACCAGUGGCCCCCAAAUGCUGGUUACAUGUUCAUGUUCCGGAGCAGACGGGCCACUCUGACCAAACGGCUGCUGAAGGCGCGCAGACGACGGGGGGCCCCCGACGACGAUGGUGACGGCGUGAUGGUGCUCCUCAAACAGCUCCAGGAGAACCAGCUGGGGAUGCUGUGGACGGCGGUGGAGAGCAGAGGCCGAGAUGGAGGCAGCAAUUGCGUGCUGAUGCCCAGAGACCGACAGCCGCACGUGCUGUGUUGCCAGACGUGGCGGUGGCCGGAUCUGCUCCAGAGCACGGAUCUGAAGAGGUUGCCGGCGUGCAGGUUCGCAGGAGACCCCGUCUACGUCUGCUGCAACCCCUACCACUGGAGCCGCGUCUACCAACCCGAUACCCCGCCUCCUCCCUAUAGCAAAUCGGAGAAAUUAGAUCGAGCACCAAGCGAAAACCCUCUUCGCCAGCAGUUCCAUGGGUCUUUGACGACGAACGGAGAAGAUUCGUUGCGAAAUCCUUCGGAAUGGUGCAGAUUGGCUUAUUGGGAGUUGGCCCAACGGGUGGGUCCGCUCUUUCCUGUGGAAGCCCCGGCUGUGAAUGUCUUCGGUGACGUACCCUAUUGCGAUGGUCUGUCGUUAGAAACGUUAGCUCAACAAAAUUGCAACGCCCCAGAGUCUGUCAGACAUGGAAGGUGUAAAAUUGGCUUAGGCGUGACACUGUCGCAUGAAGGCGGCUCCGUGUGGGUGUACAACCGCUCGGAGAACCCGAUCUUCGUGAAUUCUGUGACUCUGGACAGCGCCGAUUCCCCUUUACCUACUCGAGUACCUGCCGAGCAAUGCCUCUGCGUCUACGACCCCCAGAAGGCAGCAGCUCACCGAACGUGUUGGGACUUCAGCACGCACGGCCCCAUCGACCCCAACUCGAUACGAAUCAGCUUCGCCAAGGGCUGGGGCCCGCUGUACAAGCGGCAAGAGAUAACGUCGUGUCCGUGCUGGUUAGAAAUACUUUUAGCGCCGUGCAGGUGAUCAAAAGACACUCCUCCAAAGUGCUGUUGUACUCAAGUGGAACUCAGUGAUGACGACGAUCACAAGGCUGAAUUUUUCAACUUGUUGAAGGAGCGGUGCUGUGCUGUUUCCGUCCUACUAUUCCCGAGUUUGAGGCUGAUGCGGUGCCUGGCCACAGGGUAAAUGGAAGCCAAGGAAAUAAGGACUUUAACAAAUUUUUCGGCCCACCAAUAUUUUUUAUACGAUUCUCUGGUUUAUUUUAUUUAUUGUGCAAAAACCGGGUGCUUAAAGCAGGUUUCGAAUUUACUGGGAUACGAACCACAAAUCUGCUGUGAGCAUCCACGAAAUUACCGACCUGCAAAUUAUGUGAGAGUAGAAGUACUGAUGUGUGUCGUAAAGGCCUUAUAAACAUCGUUCAAACGAUGCGCGUUAUUAAGGAAUUUAUUGAAGCGAAAGAGGAGCUUCAAGUCGUGGGGGACCAUACGUUAAUCAAUUUCAGGUUAAUUUUAUUAAUAAUUUUUAAAAAAGCAUUUUUAUUUUUGUAUAAUUAUGGUCAAUUGUUGUUUUCCUUCUCUGUACUUAUUUUAUUAAUUGUGAAUGCAAUUGGUAAUAAUAGUAUUGCAUUUUGUCCCACUUUUUUGUAUAUUUUGUAUUAACCAGCAAGGGUCUUCAUUUUAUUGUCUUUAUGGAAAACUUACUAGUCAUUAAAAAGAAAUUUCGCGCUAGAAUGUAGGUCCAUGCCUGUUCAUAAUAUGUAAAAAUAUGUUCCAAGUUAUGAAAAUGUAUAUGUUACAGAAUUUAUAUAAAGUGUUUAAAAUUGUAAAAAUAGCAGUGCCUUGAUAGCAAUCAUAUUAUGAAAAAUACAUAAGUACUGUACUUUCUGCAUUAUGUAGGAAAUAUUAAUUGGUUUUAUUUAUUUAUUAAAUUUUUAAAUUAUACAUUUUUGUAUAUCAAAUAAAUUUAUGU